AACAUACGACAAUGCACUCACUUUUUGGAGUGCAUUAACGUGCAAUCAAUGUCAACCUUUCCAAAAUAAUCAAAACGGAUAUGGCGUUGCAAACUUAAAUGUUUGGUUUUUAGAACUUUAUUGUGUGUGUCGUGGUAUUUUUGGAAAUUAAAGGAUGGCGCAGUGUGACAAGUGCGAAAAAUGGCUUCAUGAAAUGUGUGAAAACAUACCAAACAUCGUUUUUAAGAAAUCCAACCAAAAUUGGUAUCGCAAAAAGAAGUGUUAGUCUUUUUAAUUUUAUCUUAUCUCUUAAAAAAAAUAAACAAACGAAAGUGUUUAUUCCAUUCCGCGUGGGUGUUCAAGCUGUAGGGGCAUAGUCUGUUAGAUAUUCGGAACAACACGCGCGAACUCGUCUAAAAUAUUGUUUUUAUGAACCUCCAACCUAGCACUUGUUAUUAGAGUUUCCCGUUAAUCCUGUACAUAUGUCGACAGAUCAGGCAGGAUUUCCCGUUUACUCCAUCCAUCUUCCAAGAACAUCAGCAGGAAAGUACCCAUCCAUCUUCCAAGAACAUCAGCAGGAAAGUACCCUUUGUGUGGAAGUGGCUAGCAAACAAGAGAAAAGUACGGCAGAUACAAAUUUGUGCGUACCACAACCAUGCUCCUUAUUACUCACGAAAUAUGACUUUAACUUGUAGCUAGCCAGCUAGCUACCUACGUAAAAGAUUUGUGUGUACAGGCUGCUUGGCUGCAACAAGAUAAUAAAAAAACAAGGAUUAGCUAGAUUGAUAAAAAGAAAAUGCCAUCAACAUGUUAUUUGGGUCAUGCUAACUGCGUGCUGUCAAAUGUACAUUUGGAUUUUCUGGCACAACACACUGUAAAAGAUUGGAAUAGAAUUGUGCUGAUAUUACAAGUUGAACAAAGUGUCAUUGAUGAAAUUAGUGUCUCUUGUAAAACAUCAUCAGAAAAAGCUUAUGAAGGGUACCAAAAAUGGCAUCAAAAAUUUCCGAAAGAAACGUGUUGUUGUGCUUUGUUUGAAGCAUUAAAGUUUGUGGGAAGAAACGACAUAAUAUCAUUGCUUAAAAAAACAUAUGGCUUCACUGAUCCUUCUCUGAAACAGAAGUGCCAUUAUGAACUAACAUCUGUAUGUUAUUUUGUUGGAAGAGAAGAGGAGGUCCAGGAAGUUAAAGAUUUCUGCAAAACAGAACAAAGAGAUGCACAACUCCUUGUUUUGCUUGGAUUACCAGGUAUUGGCAAGACUGAAAUAAUAAAUGAAGCAUUACAAAGUUUAGAUAGAAAUAAAAUUGUCAGAGUAAACUUUAUUACAAGAGAAAAUAUCAAGUGGUCCUUUGAAAACAUUGCACAAUGUAUUCUGAAAAAAUGGAAGUCAGUAAUUGAUCAUGACAUCACUGGAGAUAUAGAUCUGUUUGAUGUGCUUGGUAGAAAGAAUGAAGGAGUUAUUCUUGUUCUUGAAUUUGCUCAUUUAGAUUUUGACGACUUUGUUUUUCCAAGGUUUUAUAAUGCCAUCAUAAAUCAACUUCUACGAAAUAAAUACAGUGAGUUGAAAAUAAUUACAACUUGCUGCCAGCUACCCAACUAUGUUCAUACAGAACAGGUUUUUGCUAAAGUAAUAUAUGUUCGAGAUUUAAAUAAGGAGGAUUCCAUUAAAUUGAUUAAUGGUAUGAAUCCAGCUCUUAGUUCUCAAACAUGCGAAGAUAUAUUUAACCGUUGUGGAGGAAGUCCAUUCAUGUUAAGAAAAAUUGGUGCUGAAACCAAACAGUUUUGUGGUUCACAGGAAAAAAUCAAGGAAUUUAUUCAUAAAAUUGAAUCUCCUCUAAAACCAGACUACCUUUCCCCACUGAUACGAAGAACUGUGUGGCUAAGUGAUAUGACCAAUGUUUUCGAUGCACUAGAUGUCAAUGAGAAAACCAUUUUGGUGAAGUUGUCUGUUUUUCAUAAAGUAAUUCCUGAAUGGUGUAUAACUGAGAUCUUUAAUGGAAAAGUUGACAUUGAAGAAGUUGAUCAUUUAUGCAACAUCCAUUGCAUUUUGGAUAAAAUUGACAACAACAUUUACCAAAUUAGUGAGCUUUACAAAACUUUCAUUUGGGAGUACACUGCUCAAGAAAAGAACAAAUCUUAUAAAAAAAUCCAAGAAGAGGCAAAAGUUAACGUAACAAAAUAUUUUCUUAACUUUUUGAGCAUGCUUGCAAGUAUGUUUUUCUCAAAGUCUAAUCCCUGUGCUAACUUUAUUGAAUACCACCGAAAAAUAUGUCCUCGUGCCAAUGGUGAUUGCAGAUGCAAUAACUUCUUGAUUUCGAAAGAUAUCUUUAUCAGAUUUAAAUACAUGAUUCUUAAGUCAUUAAAUCGAGGAAUUCAGUGCCAUCCUCAAAUGACCGUGUCUGUUUUGUUAAAAAGUAUUCAAUUUUUAAGGCAUGUUUUACCACAUGAGCAACUAGUUGAAGUAUGUGUUACUGUAAGAAAGGAAGAUCAACAGUUAUCAGCUAGGGAACAAGCAGUUUUGUUGGCUAACAUGGUGUUUAUAAAAAUUUACAAAGGUUGUACAAAUGAACAAGAGGAAUAUAAGAAAAUGCUUGACCUGGCAAUAAAAGAAUUUAGGAAUUAUCAAAAUUAUCAAAAUUCAGCAACUUAUGAAGAAUGCCUGAUUUUGUGCUUACUAAAGCGAGCAUAUAUAAAAGCAGUAUUUUUAUCUGAAAAUGCAGAAGAAGAUUUGGAAGUAGCAUCAGAGAAGAUUAAAAAGCUGAAAAAAGCCCAGAGAAUUAAGUUUAAUUUGAAUGGGGUUACAGCUGAUGUUUUAAGAAGUUGUAAAGAAGAUAAAGAAGCUCUACUGCAUCGUAGAAAACAAGUGACUGAGUUUCUUAAAUACUUGGGUGAUCAUCCACUUACAGCAACUUCUUUGGUGCUGUUAGGAAAGUGUUCUGAAAAGUCAAAAGAUUCACUGCAACAUUAUGAAAAUGCCUUGAAGAUUUACAAGCAACUUGGGAAUUCAGAAAAAGAUACUGCAAAAAUCUACCUUUCUUUAGGCAAAAUAUAUCAAAAACAAAGAGAAAAUAAUGUGGCUUUGCAGUAUUUCGAAUCAGCAAAAGCCAUUGCUAAAGGUCUAUUUAAAAGGCAUAAAGAGAUGAAAAGCUCUUAUCAAUACUCCAGUGGUGUGUUCUUGUUAUCUGUAAUGCAUGCUAUGAAUACCAAGGAUGAUGAUAUCAAAGCUUUGGUUGAAGAAGUCAAAUCAAUACGAAGCACAUUUAAGGAACCAAGGAAGCUUGUUUUAAGUAAAUCUGGAAGCCAUAAAAAAUGUAAUUUGACUGAUGAAUUAAAUAUUUGCAGUAAAUUUUCUGUACUUGAAACCUUUAUAGUAGUAUUCGUCCUAGUUAUUUUUAGUUAUUUUUUCACUAGCUAGGUGAACAUGUUUUUAAACUGUAUGGGUUUAUAAUUUAGUGUUUUAGUUAGAGAAAGGUGAUGCAUCAACCUUAUUACAUGGUGUUAAUGCAAGUGGCUUAGGUCCCAUUGUAAAUGAUGGCUAAAACUACUUUUAUAAGCUUAUUUUUUUAAAACAAUACAAAUGUAUUGUUUGAUACAUGACAACUG